AUGAGCAGCAGCAUCAGUGAGUGUGGCACUGAAGAGAGAACCCCGUGGGUGAGGCUGAUGGAGCGCCGCGUGAUGAUGCUGCUGCUGCUGGCGGUGGCGGCGGUGGCGCUGAUCACAGAGCAACAGUCUCAGGUGUCCGUGCCCGAGAAUGACCGCGGGCCCUUCCCCAAGCUGCUGGUGCAGGUGAAGUCCGACACCGCCGGGGUGGACAUCCGCUACGCCUUGCUGGGGGACGGCGCCGACCAGCAUCCCGUGGGGUUGUUCGUCAUGGACACCGUGACGGGGAGAGUCUCAGUCACCAGGAGCCUGGACCGGGAGGUGAUCGCUCAGUAUCGGCCUGUGGACCUCGUCGUUGAUGUCAUUGACGUCAACGACAACCGUCCCACGUUCGCCAAGAAAGUCUUUCACAGCAGCGUCGUCGAAGGAUCCCCGCGAGGCACUUUCGUGAUGAGGGUGGUGGCGAGUGACAUGGAUGACCCCUUGACGCUCAACGGAGCGAUUCGCUACCAUAUAGUGUUGCAGGUUCCCAUGGUGACUGCACACCGCGUGUUCACCAUCGACAGAUUCACAGGCAUCAUCACCAAUACUGUCCGGCUGGACCGAGAGAGAGUGGCGCACUUUUCGCUGGUGGUGAUGGCUUCAGACAUGGAGGGAGACGCCAACAUCGGACUCUCGACCACGGCCACCGCCAUCGUCACCAUCACCGACAUCAAUGACCACGCCCCCGAGUUCACGACAACAGUGGCCAAUUCGGCUUCCAAGGGCGUUCGCGAGCCCCUUGCCACGGCGAAGAUGGUGAAUAAAAAGCGAAAGUCACCCUACAGGUCGGACUUUGAGAGCUCGGAAGGCAUGGAUUUGACGGCGGAUGAACAGCUGAGAGAAAGUGCGUCUGGCGCGAUGCCGCCCAAGCGAACCGGCAAGGCCAGGGCAGCAGGCAAGGUGAGAGUCUCCGACGUCUUCCUCAUGUGGAUGUCGAGGUUUCGCUGA